UAAUUGGUUUAUUGCAUAUAUACUUCGAAUACGUUACACGUUUAACAUUUUGCUUUCUACAAAUCUCUAUUCAUAUGUAGUGUUUUCUAUCAAAAUUGUAGCAAAAGACAUUUCAUCCAUCAAUUCUUGCUUUGUUUGUUAAAUUCCCCAUCCCUUUUUUUCUUUUCUUUUUCUACUCGUUUCCUUUCUUGUAAAUCAGUGUCUUACCAAAGUUCACACUUCAAUAUCAUCACAAAGAGGUGUACGCUUUUUCGACUUCUUUCACACGAAAAGUGUUGUUUACACACCCAUAAUACACGCGAUAAAACAAAAGUCCCUUUUCUUGUUUUUCUUGUCUUGUUCCUCGUCCUUUCUUUUUCACUUUUUGAAUUUUAAAAAUUUCCCUUUUUGUUUUGUUUUGAUAUCGAUUCUUUCACUCUCCUUUCCUUCAUUGGUUCCAGGAUUACCAAGAGACGCCCAGGCACUUCUUUUAUUCUCCAAUUUCUUUUAAAUAUUAAAUAUUUUCCUUCUUCAGCAUGUCUGCUGUACGGACUUCUGUGCCCUGUCAAGAACUUAAUCGACUCCAACUCAAUUUACAUCAACAAACCUUCAGCCAGCAGUAUUCAAGCAUCUACUUUGCCCGACUAACUGCUCUUCGUCCAAAACUCCUUCAUGCUGCUCGCAAGAAAUGGCCCAAUCAUCCUGAAUUGAAUCGCGUUUUGGAUGUACGAAAUGAUCAAAACUGCUGGGUCAUCGGUACCGCCUACAUGACUUCCAAUUUGAAGCCAAAUGUUAUGGACGAUGUCACUCAACUCCACACCAUCAUCACCGCUUCUGAAGAUUCGCCCUACGUCUCUCUCAAAGACGGCGACUCUGACUCCAGCGGCAUUCAAUAUUCCCUCGAGGAUAACUAUGGCCGUGUUGAUUGCGCUGGUUCUUUUAUGUACGACGCCGGUGUCGUCACCGGUGUCGUGAUGGCUGCUCUUGGUCAUGAAGAUGAGGCCGGUCGCUUCGUCGUUAUCGACGUCUGCUUUCCCGAAACCAUGACUCAAUCCGACUCCAUACCCAUGUCCAUAGAUCCGAAAGAGGACGAUGCUCCUGAAUUCAUGGCCGUCGCUAGUGGUUUGGGUCUUUCAAACGACGGUAUAGAGGGAAUCGGUUUACAUCAAGUUGUCGAUUAUCUACGAGGUAUACUCCCAUCCAUAAGUCCUUCUUUUGACCCUACUUGCGUUAAGCGUUUCAUGAUCCUUGGUAAUUGCCUCGCUCCAGCUAUAGAGAUUUCCGAUUCCUCUACCCCCUCUGUCCCGGUAGGGAAGAAAAAAGUAAAACGCUAUGGAUAUGAUACAUCAAGCUAUAAUCCAAAUCCGACUAUACAACUAGAUACCCUUUUGCAUCAGCUUUGUUCCACCGUAGACGUCACCCUAGUCCCUGGUCCUUAUGAUUACAGUACCAAUAUUCUUCCUCAACAGCCUCUUCAUCCAGCACUGUUACAAAACGCAAAAGCAUGGAUUGGAAGCUCCCUACAAACAACUACAAAUCCAACUUGGCUUUCAAUUCAUGACAAUCUGACACUUGCAAGCAGUGGACAGAAUAUUGAUGAUCUUCGUAAAUAUCACCCUUACAAGUCCUCUUUGCAGUUGAUGGAAAAUACCAUUUUAUGGAAUCAUAUUACCCCUACUAGUCCGGAUACUCUAUGGUGCUAUCCAUUUACUGAUAAAGAUACUUUUGUCAUGGAUGAGUUGCCAGAUCUUUAUUUAUGUGGUAAUCAACCAAAGUUUGGUACAAAAUUGAUUCAAAGUCAGUCCAAGUCCGUGCGACUCGUAUCCGUUCCAGAGUUCCGUAAAACUGGCAUUAUAACUCUAAUUAAUCUUAAGAACUUGGAAGUACGCGCCUUGGUAUUUCCUCGAAAAUUAGACAAUUCCGGUGUGGCCACGCCAAACGUUGAAUAAUAGUAAUGAUUAGAUUAAUAAUUUAUGGGAUAAUUAGUAUUUGUUCCUAACUUUUGAUGAAAGUUUCGGAUAUUGAUGAAUUUAUCGUGGAUGCUGGUGUUUUUUUUUGAAAUAGAUGAUUCUUUUGUUUUUUCCCCAAGUUAAAUUGGGUAGCAAUAAAGGUAUCCUUUGCAUCUUUAAAAGUACGAUUUCCUUUAGGAACGCCUAGUUGAUCCAAAAGUUCUGAUGAUUUUUGGGGAAUAACACUUUGAAAAAGAAUACCACAUAUCCGUAGCGUAUGAGCUGUGAGCAUUAAUACAUCUGUUCGGGCAGGUGA